GAGCAGAGCUGGGGUGUCACAUGUGUCCAGGCCUGGUCUGUCGGUCCACCAUGUCGAAAGUUUCCUUUAAGAUCACGCUGACGUCUGACCUGCGGCUGCCGUACAAAGUACUCAGUAUUCCUGAAAGUACACCUUUCACAGCAGUCUUAAAGUUUGCAGCAGAAUUUAAGGUUCCUGCAGCAACAAGUGCAAUUAUCACCAAUGAUGGAAUAGGAAUAAAUCCUGCACAGACCGAUGGAAAUGUUUUUCUAAAGCAUGGCUCAGAGCUGCGAAUUAUCCCCAGAGAUCGUGUUGGAAGGGUCUCUCUGUGCAGUUCAGGCUGGCAUUGAGCUGACUUUGUAACC